GUGCUUUGUUUGGACAGUUGCUUUUAAAACCGGGAGGAAUUGUCACUAAAAGGGGAUUUUGAACUCUAGAUAAUGAUAUCAUUAAAAGAGAGCACGACCAGAACCACGGGCCAAGGCACAGGUUCCAUGGACCGACUGUUGACGCAAACCAAGUGCAGCAAAUUAUCGAUCACGCCUAUUGCUGUCAUCAGUCAUGAUACUCUUCUUCGAUGAGCAGAGCAUCAAGCGCAAUCAGAACUCCUUUGAGGCCUGAGAUUGUUUUCCUUCUAAAAUCAUGCGAGAACAUGAGAGAGCUCAACCAAAUUCAUGCUCAGGUCAUCAAAGAAGAGAAUCUCCCACCCCAUGAGACCUCAUUCCGUGUUUGGAACUUGGUUUCAUUUUGUGCAACUUCACCCAAGGGCAGCUUAGCCUACGCAAAAGCAAUUUUUGAUCAGCAGCAAAACCCAUCUGUUCCAUUGUACAAUUCUCUUAUCAGAGGGUUCUCCUUAAGUAAAACCCCACUCGAGGCUCUUAUUUUGUACAAGAAGAUGCUUCAUGGAGGCUUUCGACCCAAUCAUUUUACCUUCCCGUUUUUGAUUAAAGCGUGCACCGUGUCGUCCAUUACUCGAUAUGGAAUUCUAAUUCAUACCGAUGUUAUUAAAAGUGGCCUAGAAUCUGAUUCUUACGUGCGGAGUUCCUUGAUUCAUUUAUACGCUAGUGGAAAAGAUCUACAUUCUGCGAAGCAGCUGUUUGAUACGUCUGCUCAUGGGGAUUUGGUUUCUUCGAAUUCAAUGAUUGAUGGUUAUGUGAAAUCUGGUGACAUGGAACUGGCUCAGUCUGUGUUUGACCGAAUGAUGACACGGGAUGUGAUUUCUUGGAACACCAUGAUUAAUGGCUACGGAAUUCUUGGGAAAAUUGAAGAAGCCAAGAAACUGUUUGAAGAAAUGCCUGAGAAAAAUAUUGUUUCCUGGAAUUCAAUGUUGGCAGGGUAUGUUAAAUGUGGCAGUGUGAAGGAUGCUUUUAAAUUAUUUCGUGAUAUGCCUCGAAGAGAUGUAGUGUCGUGGAAUACCAUGCUAGCAUGUUAUGCACAAUGUGGGAAAUCAAAUGAGGCCCUAGAUCUGUUUGAUGAGAUGCGGGCUGCAGGUAUAAUGCCAACUGAAGCAACGGUUGUUAGUUUAUUGUCAGCAUGUGCUCAUUUAGGUGCUUUGAGUCAAGGAUUACGAGUGCAUGCAUACAUCAAUGAACGUAAAAUUGAGGUCAAUUCCAUUGUGGGUACUGCUUUGGUGGACAUGUACUGCAAGUGCGGUAGCAUUUCUCGUGCUACCAAAGCCUUUAAUUCAAUGCAAUGUAAAGAUGUUCUUGCUUGGAACACUAUUAUUUCUGGCAUGGCCAUGCAUGGCCAUGUUAAGGAAGCCCAACAGCUUUUCAAUGAGAUGCAGGAGAAAGGGGUUGCACCCAAUGAUAUAACUUUUGUAGCCAUGCUUGGUGCGUUCAGUCAUGCUGGGAUGGUAGAGGAAGGUGGGAGACUCUUAGCCUGCAUGAGCAGCACUUACGGUAUUGACCCAAAGGUUGAGCAUUAUGGUUGUGUACUUGAUCUGCUUGGUCGGGCUGGGCGCUUGGAAGAAGCAAUUGAACUAAUAGGGAGCAUGCCUAUGGAGCCCACUGCUGGUGCAUGGGGAGCAUUGCUUGGAGGUUGUAGGAUCCAUGGAAAUGUUGAGGUGGGAAAGAGAGUGGGUAAACACCUAAUCAAUCUUCAACCACACCAUAGUGGCCGCUAUAUCCUUCUCUCAAAUAUAUAUGCCGCUGCCAAACAAUGGGAUGAGGCAAGGAAGGUGAGAAAUCUUAUGAAAGCCAAAGGGGUCCCCAAAGUGCCAGGGGUAAGUGUGAUAGAGUUGAAGGGGACUGUGCAUCGGUUUGUAGCUGGUGAUUGGUCUCAUCCAGAGUCGAUCUAUAUCUAUGAGAAGUUGUCUGAGAUGUCGUCGCGACUAAAGACUGCGGUUGGGUAUUUGCCAGAUACUGAACAAGUUUUGUUGGAUAUUGAAGAUGAGGAGAAAGAGCAUGUUCUGUCCGUUCACAGUGAGAAGCUGGCCAUUGCUUAUGGUUUCUUACACUUGGGUCCAGAUGAGACCAUUAGAAUUGUCAAAAACCUAAGGGUGUGCAGGGACUGUCAUCAUGUCACGAAACUGUUGUCAAAGGUCUAUGGUCGAGAAGUCAUUGUGAGGGAUAGGAAUCGAUUUCACCAUUUUAAAAAUGGAGGAUGUUCCUGCUUGGAUUUUUGGUAGACGUGUAUUUGGUUAUCUACACGUGUAUGAAUGUUUUGCAGUGUUGUACAUAAUGAUUCGAGGGUCAGCCUGUUUUGCCUGUCGGUGUUUUGGAGCAGUGUUGGUCAGAUCUUCUCGUGCCAACGCAUGCUGAUCGAUGAAUGAUUUAUUCAUUAUUACUUCAUACUUGCUUUUUUUUUUUCCUUCACUCUUUCCCUCUCAAAUUCUGUUCGGAAUUAAUUAUCUUUAAUACUUCAAGGCUGUUCCACAUUAAUUUCAUUCACGUCGAAAA